AUCACCAGCUGUUCCGGCUACUCGCGCACACCUACACCCUUAAUAGGUAUAUUAUCAUUGCGAAAACCAAGUGCAACAGCAGUCCGCCAGCCAGCCAAAGCAGCAAAUGCGUCGCCAGCAGUGGAAGAUGGAUCAAUAGAGUGUGAGUCUGCAACCUCUGACCGCUAAUUGGAUUCCCUUGGGCGCCCUGCCCAGCUGGAAACGGAAAUCGCCGACCAGCUCGGCUCAGAAAAUCACUUGCGAGAUACACAACAAAAAGGCGAAAAGUGAGCAUGAAGGCUAGCAAGACACGGGCUGUGCGUCUCACCAGUUUGACGGAGGACGUGGCCGGCGUUCCGGAGGAUGCACCAUUCCGGGCACGUCUGCACAUCCUCUUCGCCCAGAUUGAGCGGGAGUUUGAGCAAUUAUAUCUGGAGAACCAGGCCCUUCAGGAGAAGCUUGAUAUAGCCACCACCGCCAAGGAGUCAUUGAUUCCACCCGAGGCCAGAUCCGCAGCAGGAGGAUCACUGAGCACUCAAGCCUCAUCAACAGCUUUGGCCACGCCUGCCACACAGGUAGAUGAAGGGGCAGGCAGCUUCCUGGCUGCCGCAUCCAGCACACACAAGAGCUUGAAGGCAAAACUAAGCAGCGCUACCGGCGGCAGCAAAGCUAAGGCCAGCAACAAGAUCAAGGCCCAGACCAGCCGCAUCGUUUCGAGCUUUAAGGCGCCCACGGUGGUCAGCACAGUGGUACGAGAAUUCGGCGGCCACAAGGAUGGCAUCUGGCAGGUUGCCGCCAAGGCGGGACAGCCCAUUAUUGGCACUGCCUCCGCUGAUCACACGGCCUGCAUCUGGGGCGUGGAGAGUGCCAGGUGUCUGUUGCAGUACCAAGGGCACGCCGGCUCCGUAAACUCUAUCAAGUUCCAUCAGCAGCGAGAUCUCGUGCUCACCGGCAGUGGUGAUGGGACUGCCCACAUCUGGCAGGCUGCCGUCAACUGGGAAGUGCCGAAGAAGGGCCAUUCUUCAGAGGAGGAACUGGACGAUAGUGAUGAACAGGUGGAGGAUCGCGAUCGUGUGGACACCUUGCGCACUCCGCUCUGCGAGUUCACAGGCCCCGGAGGUCAUCUUUCAGUGGUUGUAGCCGCCGAUUGGCUCUCUUCGAUGGAUCAAAUCAUAACUGGCAGCUGGGAUCGGACUGCUAUCCUAUGGGACGUGGAGUCAGGCCAACCACUGCAGCCGCUCACUGGGCACGACCACGAACUCACUCACGUGUCGGCACAUCCCACCCAACGCCUGGUGGUCACCGCUUCCAGGGACACAACGUUCCGUCUGUGGGACUUCAGAGAGUCAAUUCCAGUGGUCUCCGUCUUCCAAGGGCAUACGGAAACGGUUACGUCCAGUGUGUUCGCACGGGACGACAAGGUGGUGUCCGGGUCAGAUGAUCGCACAAUUAAGGUCUGGGAGCUGCGCAACAUGCGAUCCGCCUUGGCCACCAUCCGAACAGAUUCCUCGGUCAAUCGGUUGGCGGUCUCCACUGGAGGAAUUAUCGCCAUACCGCAUGACAAUCGGCAGAUCCGUCUGUUUGAUUUGAACGGGCAGAGAAUCGCCCGAUUGCCGCGAACCAGUCGGCAGGGCCACCGACGGAUGGUAUCGUCUGUAGCGUGGGCGGAGGAACCGCUGCUCGACUGCGACCUCUUCUCCUGUGGCUUCGAUCGUCGCGUAUUCGGCUGGUCCAUCGUUCUACCGAAGGACAAUUGAAGGCGGCUGAAGCGGAGAGCUGCGCCAAAGAAAUGAGGAGGUGCAGCCCGCGAAAUCCGAAACAUCUCUCGAACAAAGCAUCUCCAAAGCGAUGCUUAUACUUAUAUGUAACCGUUUAUCAUAGAUCAAGUAUUAUGCAGACACUGUUCCGGAUGUUCUACUAUCUAGGUGUCGCCCACUGAGUGUAAUUAUCGUUGCUUUUUGCCAAAUAGUCGUGGCGUAGCGUGCUGCACGAACUACAUUUUAUCAUUGUUAUUGGCUAUAUGCGUUGGGAUUGGGCAAAAGGGAUCGGAGUGCAGAGCUUCCGAUGUCCAGCUUCGAUUUUAUCUGUGUUUUACUACCAUUAUACAUAUUAUAGACGUCUAAGCCUUUAACGCUUUAGUCAACAUGAAUAAACAUAAUCAAGCACCCUA